AUUAUUAUUAUUAUUCCACCAAAUAUAGAAACCGAGAGCGCCACCCCCACAAUCAUUACUAUUAUACUUUCCACAUUCAAUUAUUUGAUUUCCCUGUUCACGCUUCAAAAAAUCAUCCAAAUUCAAUUUUAAAAUAGUACUAAAAAGUUAGAUCGUUUUCUAUAAAAAAAUAAAAAAAUAGAAAAAAGGAGAGAAAAAAAAAAAACAAUGAAUUCGAUUCAUUUGAUUAACACUCUUGCACUCGGUACUCCGCUUCGGUCUUUGGCUCCCUCCUUUAUACCUCAAUGCCAAUCUCUGCCUCCUUCUUCCGCCAUCCCAAAACGGCAGCGUUUUUCACACUCCGCUGGUUUCCGUCUCGCCUCAGGCCAAACCAUCAAUUCGGUCCCACGCGCGAAUGGAACUUAUACGGUUUCCGAUUUCAUGACGAAGAAGCAUAAUUUGCAUGUUGUCAAAACCACCACAUCCGUUGAUGAAGCUCUGGAGGCUCUCGUCAUCAACAGAAUUAGUGGUCUUCCAGUAAUCGAUGACGACUGGAAUUUGGUUGGAGUUGUUUCAGAUUAUGACUUGUUAGCAAUCGAUACAAUAUCAGGUGCUGCUCAAAGUGACGCAGGCUUAUUCCCUGAUGUCGACAGUUCUUGGAAAACAUUCAAUGAGAUACAAAAGCUGCUUAGUAAGACCAAUGGCAAAGUUGUCGGGGACUUAAUGACUCCAAGUCCACUUGUUGUUCAUGAAUCCACUAGCCUUGAGGAUGCUGCCAGGCUGUUGCUUGAAACAAAAUAUCGCCGACUACCUGUUGUUGACAAAGAUGGAAAGCUGGUUGGACUUAUUACAAGGGGAAAUAUUGUUAAGGCAGCUCUGCUGUCAAAGCGUGUUGGGGAGAGGCCAACAUAGUUUGACGAACACAGAGUUCAAGUGCUCCACAUCUUUAGUAGCUAUGUCUGUAGUCAUAGUCAGGUGGAUGUUUUGACUAUUAAGAAUGCAUUUGUCAGCCUAUAAGGGAGCUGAAGGCAACUCUUGAUGAACUUCUGAGACCUUUAAAGUGGGUGGUUAAUACUUUAUACCACUGAGAGGAAAGUGAUUUAUCAAUCUCCUUCCCAUCAUUGUUUCUGUGUACUGGAUUAUUUAGGGCUUAAAGACAUUAAAUCCAAUUAAUCUUUAUUUAUGCUCUGUUAAAUCUUGAUCGGGUAUGGGAUUGGAAUGGAUCAUUUUGAACAUUGUAUUAUAAACUUACCCUGUAAAUUGGCUAGCAUUUAUGUAUGAUAUUGAUAUUGAAUCAUUGAUGCCUGGGAUUUGUCGUCCUCUUUCAUAUUGUAUCAAUCACAAGCAUCGUAAUUCCUUUCUGAA